ACUGCGCAUGCCGAGAGCUGCUACUGUUGAUACCGUGAAGUGCUGAUGUUGAUGUUGGUGAUAUAGCGGUGUGCGGUUCAUCAGCGUCGGCUGGGGAAAAAAAUUAAAGGUAGCACCAGUUAUUAAUUUCCCAGACAUUUAACGUUGUAAAUGAGCGUGUCGCCUUUUAAAGUCUCCUAUAUUUCUUAGUUUUGACUUUACGGGAAGACAGUGAGUUAGCGUUUGGCUAGGUAGCCUUGCUAACACUGGCUAGCAGCAGCAGCAGCAGCAGCGCUCGGCGUAGUUGAAGCUCAGCUGCCGACACUUAGCAGCUCUAUACCGAGAGGGGAGGCGAGUUUCCGGGCUCCAGACAACGAUGCAGUGAUUUCAUACGUGGCUGGCCGUCGUCUGGAUGUUAAACGCCUGGCUAGGUAACUUUGUUUACACCGAAAAGAUCGCGAACACUGGAGAUGAUGAGCUAAACUGAUGCCCAGAUUGAGCUCAGCGCAAAUCAAACAACUGCAGAGGAGAUGAGUCAGCUUUGGUGGCGAGCCAAACGCCUGUCGGAGAGCCUGGGAAAUGACUCUCCUAAUGGCCUCCCCCUGGGGUCUCCAGCCACUGUGGCCCCACAAGGAUCCAACUCCUCUUGGGUGUCCGAAGCCCCGGUGGUCACUCUACAGGAGCCCAUUUUCCUCAUGACCUCUACCGCCCAGACGAUAUCAGGAUUUUUUGUUUGGACAGCUCUUCUGAUCACAUGUCACCAGAUCUACAUGCACCUACGUUACUACAGCUCUCCAAAUGAGCAGAGGCACAUAGUUCGGAUCCUCUUCAUAGUCCCCAUCUACGCCUUCGACUCCUGGCUCAGCCUUCUUUUCUUCACCAACGAGGAAUAUUACGUGUACUUCGACACAGUCCGAGAUUGCUACGAAGCCUUUGUCAUCUACAACUUCCUGAGUCUUUGCUACGAGUAUCUGGGAGGAGAGAGCGCCAUCAUGGCUGAAAUCAGAGGGAAACCUAUUGAGUCGAGCUGCAUGUAUGGGACCUGCUGUCUGUGGGGCAAAACCUACUCAAUUGGUUUCCUCCGGUUUUGCAAACAGGCGACUCUCCAGUUCUGUGUAGUGAAACCUCUGAUGGCGGUGAUCACUGUCAUUCUUCAGGCCUUUGGGAAAUACAGAGAUGGAGACUUCAACGUGGCUAGCGGCUACCUGUAUGUCACCAUUAUCUACAACAUCUCUGUCAGCCUGUCGCUCUACGCUCUCUUCCUCUUCUACUUUGCCACACGUGAGCUGCUCAUCCCUUACAACCCCGUGCUCAAAUUCUUCAUGGUCAAGUCGGUCAUCUUUCUCUCCUUCUGGCAGGGGAUGCUAUUGGCCAUCCUGGAGAAGUGUGGUGCCAUUCCCCAGAUCAGCUCUGCCGACUUCUCUGUGGGCGAGGGAACAGUUGCUGCAGGCUACCAGAACUUCAUCAUCUGCAUAGAGAUGUUCUUUGCUGCUAUCGCUUUGCGCCAUGCCUUCACCUACAAGGUCUACAUGGACAAAAGGCUGGACUCGUAUGGCUCAUUUCCUAUCUAUGGACAGUACGGUCGCUGUGCCCCUAUGAAGAGCAUCUCCAGCAGCCUGAAGGAGACCAUGAACCCAGGGGACAUGGUCCAGGAUGCCAUCCAUAACUUCUCCCCGGCUUAUCAGCAGUACACCCAGCAGUCUACACUGGAGCGAGGCGGGGGGCCACCCCUGUCCCGCAGCCACAGCAACCUCAGCACCCGCGGGGACAAUGAAAAGACCCUUCUGCUCAGCUCUGACGACGAGUUCUGAGAGUCAAACACACUCCUGUAGACCACAUUCAGUUUUUAGCAGUCAAAUCAGAUCUUUUGUUUCAAGUUUAACAUAGAAGAUCAGAUUUUUUUUUUUUUUUUUUUUUAACAUUUAGAUAAUAAGAAAAGAUCCACUGUAAGUUAAAUGGAGGUGUGAGGGAGUGCUUUGUGAGAUUGGAGAUGUUACAAAUGAAGUGAGGGAGGAGCGAGGUUGGGAACAUUGGAUUCUUUCAGUGGCCGAGCUGUUAUUUGUGUUGAUGUCAUAGUUGUGGUUUUGGGCCAUUUCUGAUAUCUGUGGAAUAUCGAUCAGUACAAAUAAUCGUGCCUGCAUAUAGCAUCUUAAUAUUGCACUUUAGACUCUACGGCAAAAAAAAAAAUGCUAUAUAUAAGCUAGAGAAAAUAAGUGCCAUCUUCAUCUGACACACACGGCCUCUUUAACAUGGAAUCACAGGAGUGCCAUUGUAAAAGAUAAAUCUGUUGAAAAAUAAGGAAAUGUGUAAAUAUAGAGAGGAAUAAAAUUUUAAAAAUAAAUCUGAUCAAAAAUAAGGAAAUAAAUGUGUAAAUAUAGAGAGGAAUAAAAUUUUAAAAAUAAAUCUGAUCAAAAAUAAGGAAAUAAAUGUGUAAAUAUAGAGAGGAAUACAAUUUUAAAAAUAAAUCUGAUCAAAAAUAAGGAAAUGUGUGAAUAUGAAGAGGAAUAAAAUAAAAAAAAAUCUUUUAAAAAAUAAGGAUAAUCGUGUUAAUAUAAAGAGGAAUAUUUUUUGAAAUCUGAUGAAAAAUAAGGAAUUAAAUGUGUAAAUAUAAAGAGGACCAAAAUAGAAAAAAUAUGUUAAAAAAUAAGGCAGUAAAUGUGUAAAUAUAAAGAGGACUAAAUAAAAGAAUAAAAAUAAAUAAAUCUGUUAAAAAUAAGGAAAUUAAUGUGCAAAUAUAAAGGAAUAAAUAAAAAAUAUGGAAAUAAAGGUAAUUUUGUCUUUGCUUUUCCCUUUGUUUUUUCCUUUUGUUUUUCCUGUUUGUCAAUGACAAACAGGAAAAACAAAAGGAAAAAACAAAGGGAAAAGCAAAGACAAAUUACCUUUAUAUUUCCAUAUUUUUAAAUGAAUUAAUGUAUUUUUUUAUUUCUGUAUAUUUAGACAUUUAUUUCCUUAUUAACAGAUUUAUUUUUCAUUUAUUCCUCUUUAUAGUUACACAUUUAUUUCCUUAUUUUUAACAGAUUUUUAAAAAUGUAUUCUUUUAUUUAUUCCUCUUUCUUAUUUGUUUUAACAGAUGUAUCUUUCAUUAUGGCACUCCUGUGAUUACAUACUUUAAUUCUUCAGUUUUUAUAUCAGCUCUCAACCCAUACGCCUCUUCACCCCUCUGCCAACUCUAACUGAAACUUUGCCAAAUUUGGGGAGCAGUACUCUGUCCUCCACUAAUGAGACAUUGUCUUAAAGUUCAGGAUUGAUUUAUAUUCAAACAAAGUACAGGAGCCUUUGAGCUGCUGAGUUCAUUUUAAUAUAUGAUCACAAAUAACUAUUUUAUUUAAAUGUCGUACGGCCUUGCAGGUAAGACUCAUUUAAAGAAUAUUGUUAUGAAUAUACUGUGUAAUUUAUCAUUAUUGUUGUGGGAUCAUUUGAGCGAGUGAAGCUGAAGUGUAAUAGUUGUGACUCCAGCUGCGAUGUUUGUGCAGCACUGAGGGAACAGCUGUAGGAGAGAUUUUCAUGUGGGCCGAGGGGACUGACAGAAGGACAACGCCCACACAGAUUACAGAUUACUGAAGAAGCAACACUUUUCCCACAGAGUCGGCCCAGCUGUGAUGCGCUGUGGAUCGUAAUCUCAUAAUUAUUUGGUAUUACGUGCAGCACAGAUCAGGGCUGCCUCUGCUGGUAUGAUUUGUAACGGCAACAGUAGUGAUUGAGUCAGGACUAAGAAGGUCAUGGAAAGAUGUGUUCAUGGAGGCAUUCUGAGUAUACAUUAUAUCCACACACACAAUAAGAACAUAUACUUGAUUUUUUGGGGCAUUUUUUUAUGCACUAUAUUUGGAGGGUUGCAAAAAGCAGUGAUUUGUGCUAGAAUAGGGAAAAGCUGGCCAGACAUCUUUUUUUCUGAUGUUUUUCCAAAAGGUGAUGGCAUCGAUGUUUGAGUUAAUUGUUCUUAUGUUUGCAGCAGAUGUUUUACACAUGACCAGUAUACUGUAUAACUUGCUUGUGGUUGUGAUCCUAAAUGUUUAAAGGCAGAGGUUGGGAGCAAAAAAAAAUAGAGGAACUUCUAUGGCAGGGGUGUCAAACUCAUUUUAGUUCAGGGGCAACAUUCAGCCCAGGUUGAUCUCCAGUGGGCCGGACCAGUCAAAUCAGAGCAUAAUAACCUUUAAAUAACAACAACUCCAAAUUUUUCCUCUGUUUUAGUGCAAAAAAGUACAUUCUGGAAGUGUACACAUUUAAGGAAUUAUCUUUUUACAGAACAUUAUGAACAACCUGAAAUUUCUGAAGAAAAAUAAGUUACAUUUCAGCAACAUUAUGCCUCAGUUUAUCAUUUACAAAUUACAACUUAUAGAUCACAGAGUGUCUAGAAAGGAACAAAACAUUUAGUCACAGGUACCUGGAACUGAGCGAUAUUGUAUUUGAUGAUCGAAAUGACAAAAACAAAAUAUUACAAAAAUCAGAUGCAAAAUGACAAAAAUAUGAGACAAAGACACAAAACAAAACAAAAAAGAGACAAAACUAGCAAAGCGACAAAACUGAGACAAAAAAUUACACAAAUGACACAAGACCAAAAGUGUCAGAAGCGAGAAAAAAAACAAAAAAGUAGACUAACAGUGCAAGUGAGACAAAAAGGAAACACAAAAUGACAAAAACAAGAAACAAAACGACAAUAACAUAAGACAAAUGACAAAGGUCAGACAAAAAACAACAAAAUAAGACAAAACAUUACAAAAAUGAGACACAAAAGAACAAUGAGAAUCUCGUAUUUUAAUUUAUGGUGAAAACAGCUUGUCAUGGUCUGGAAACUAUUUAAAAUUUACAGUCUUAUAAAUUUACAAUUUGCAGUUAGUCUUCUCUGUAACUUUUACACUUUACAGAGUCGUCCCACGGGCCGGAUUGGACCCUCUGGAGGGCCAGUUUUGGCCCACGGUCCGCAUGUUUGACACCCCAGUUCUGUGGAAAUGUCACAUUAUCCUGCCUCUAAAUGUGCAUUUUCUGUUUGCUGUAUUGAUUGCACAAUCUGGAUAGAUUCUACAGAGUGACAGUCCUUGUGAGGAAUGAAUGUACCGGUAGUCUUAAAGAAAAAUGAACAGCCAAAUUGACCUGUGCCCUCUCAGUUUGAUUUAUGAUCAGGGAGUUGUUUUGAGUUGGUAGAAUAAUGAGAGUAUUUGUUCAGUUGUUAACCCUUCAGCCAAAACGAACGCAUUGCGGAUCUUCAGUUAAAGUCGAGGUUUGUUCUAUUGACUAAGUGGUGGUAUUGAAAAUUUGAAAUUCACUGCCUUAUACUUUCAAUCCUCUUCAUUCAAACUUCUAUCAAAUGAUAGUUUUGAUACGAUGUUAAAAAGCUGGAUGUUAUUUCCAAAGCUGAACACAAACUUAAAUGGAAAAACAAAAUGCUGUAAAUAGAAUCAAACUAAGCACCGCUGCAGAACAUUAAAGGUGAUGACUGUAAUGGCAUCACUUGUAUAGUGCUUUGUUUGAAUAUUUUUGUGUUUUAAUAAUCUCAUUUCGUAUAUACUCUUAUUUUAUUCUUCGUUGUAUACUUUUUCAUUUGUAUAUUGGUAAUAUCACAUGUUUUGAUGCUAUGCUGGUUUCUGUUGGUGUUGCAAAAGAAAUAAAAUGCAAAUGAAAAGUA